CUCUCUCUCCUCUCUUCUUCUUCUUCCUCCCUUUCGUGGUGGUGGAUCGAGGAGAUGAGUUUCAUAGGCACGGUGGAGGCGAGAAUGCCGCCGGGGUUCAGGUUCCACCCGAGGGACGACGAGCUGGUGCUGGACUACCUCCUGCACAAGCUCGCCGCCGGCCGGGGAGGAGGCGGCGGAGGGGGAGGGGUGUACGGCGGCGGGGUCGCCAUCGUCGACGUCGAUCUCAACAAGUGCGAGCCAUGGGACCUUCCAGAGGCGGCGUGCGUGGGAGGGAAGGAGUGGUACUUCUUCAGCCUGCGCGACCGCAAGUACGCCACCGGGCAGCGCACCAACCGCGCCACCCGCUCCGGCUACUGGAAGGCCACCGGCAAGGACCGCUCCAUCACCCGCCGCGGCGGCUCCGGCGACCCCGCCGUCGGCAUGCGCAAGACCCUCGUCUUCUACUGCGGCAGGGCCCCCAAGGGCCGCAAGACCGAGUGGGUCAUGCACGAGUUCCGCCUCGACCCCCAGCCCCUCCACCUCAAGGAGGACUGGGUGCUAUGCAGGGUGUUCUACAAGACCAGACAAACAAUUCCAAGCCCAUCGUCUGAAGAGCCCGGCAGAUCCAAUGAGCUAGACUUGCCUUCUGCGCCGUCGCUUCCGCCCAUCAUUGAUGCCUACAUCGCCUUCGAUACCACACCGACGAAGACGACGACGACCGGGAGCUACGAGCAAGUGUCCUGCUUCUCCGGCCUGCCGGCAUUGCCAUUGAAGGGCUCAAUCAGCUUUGGGGACCUGUUGGCCAUGGACACCUCUGAGAAGAAGGCCAUCAGGGCACUGCACAACAGCAGCAACACUGCAAAGAUGGAAUUCUCUCCAGAUUGGGGACAGGAGAGUACUGGGCUGUCACAGAUGUGGAACCCGGCCCCUCUGAACAAUCUUUGAUAUGAUCAUCAUGGAGGGUCUGUUGCUACUUUGUUAGUGCUAGAUAGUGAUUACUGAAGAAUGCAGUGUGGAAAUAACUUUGUAAAGAGGUGACAUAUUCUUUUCCUCUGCUGGAGUAGUAGCUGUGAAUACAUUUUCUCUAUUUGAUUGGGAUUUGGUUAGGGGUGUGACAUACACAAUAGAGUAGUGGAAAUGGCUUGGCAUAGAAUCUGUACAUAGGAUUGGAGAAAAGGGUUAUCCCUUUCCCUUUACCUCUAGAUGUAUUUAUCAUUGAAGAUGAAUGAAGUUUUCAGGGA